AUGCCAUCCAUUCCAUAUUCUUGCUGCACUCACUAUGAGUACUACCUACUCCUUGUCAUGCUGGACCCUGCUCCAAACCUGUGGCCCAUUCAUAUGCUGAGAACUUGGAAGUGGCACCUACAUGAGGCAGACAAUGAUGAGAAGGCAUCUAUAACACUGGCAACACAAUCCAAUACUUUCUGCGCAUUCAUUGCUACAUCUGCUACACUUGAGGCAGAGGAUCACCCUCAACUACCUUCCCAGGGAGAUGCCCAUCAAAAUCAGAUGGAUGACCACAUGCAUAUGGACAAGGUUGCAGAUCAGCAAGAUGCUGAUGAAUGUAAUCAUCAAUGCCCUGCAGAUGUUGAUGAUGGGCUGGGAGAUUUUUGCAGUGACAAUGGGGCUGGAGAUUUUCAUGGUGACAACAGUCCUGGAGAUGUUUGGGGCGAUGAUGGGGCUGGAGAUGUUUGUGGUGGUGAUGGGGCUAGAGAUUUUCAUGGCAACAAUGGGGCUGGAGAUUUUCAUUGUGACAAUGGUCCUGGAGAUUCAUGGAAUCAUGACCCACCUGCUGGACAUGAUGAUGACCAUCCACCUGCUCCACCUGUCCAUUCCCCCCUCCUGGACCUUGAUAUCAAGAAACUCAUUUGCAACACAUGCCUACCAAAGAUAUGGCACAGCCUGCACUUUGUAAAAGACAUCAGAAACACCUCUCUCAAUGAUGGAGUUGGCAUAACAGGUGAACCACUUGAGUGCCUCUGCAAUCCCCCCUAA